AUGGUGCCCGGAGAGGAGGGGGCCUCCUGCGCCGCCGGCCUCGAUCCCCCCCCCCCUCCUCCUCCUGCUGCUUCGCCCGCUGCGGCCCGCCCGAUCGUGCACGCGGGGCUGCCCCGCUCCAGCCCCGUCCCGUCCCGUCCGGCCGCCAGACGGUGGUGCGAGAGGACAGUCCAGGUGACGGAGGAGGAAGUGGUCAGCCCCCGGCGCGAGGAAGUGGUGCCCUGCUCCGAUGUCUACCAGUACAACAUGGCCGGCUGGCACCUGGACCGAGGCAGGAUGCACCAAGCCUUCGGCAGAGAGGAAGGCCUCACCCACCACCAUGCCCAGCUGGGAUCCAGCACUGCCCUGUGCUACAUCUACAAGCCCGAGGACACGAGACCCCUGGUGUGGAACCACACGGUGCGUGCUUGCUGUGAGGGGUGGAGUGGACCCCACUGCUCAGAAGGAAUGGGGCUGACGGGCCAUUGCUUUCCCACCUGGCAGUGCCAGGAGGCGCCAGGGAUGCAGAACUUCUCAUUGGUCAGCAUGGAGGAGUGUUGCAGCCGCCCAGGGGGGCACAGCUGGAAGGAAACCUCCUCCAACGUCUGCUUCAGCUGCUCCUACGUGCCCAAGAAAGGGGACCUGCCUUUGCCAUUCCUCCUCAGGCCCUCGGCCCCCUCGGGGCUUCUGGCCCAUUUGGGGCGUCUCCGGCAGCCCUUUGCCACCUGCGUGACCUGGGGUGGCAUCCACUACCGCAGCUUGGAUGGCAGACAUUUCCGCUUCCACGGGAACUGCACGUACACCUUUGCUGCUGCCUUCGACGGCACCUGGGCUGUCCACGUCUCCUCCGGCCGGGGGGGCUGCUUGCCCGGCCUCUGCCACAGAGCUCUGCACAUGCUGUUCGGGCUGGACUCCGUGAAGGCUGAGGGCCGGAGUGUCUCUGUGAAUGGCGUUGUGGUGCCAGAAGGGGAGCCCCGGAUGCAGAAAGGGAUCAGCAUUUGGUGGCUGGGAGACUUCCUCUUUGUGGAAAGCGGCCUGGGUGUUCGGAUCAAGUUCGAUGGGCGCGACACCGUCUACCUUACUGUAGGGGCAGAGCUGAGAGGCGCCACGCGAGGGCUGUGUGGGCUCUACAACGACGACCCUGCAGAUGACUUCCUACGUGUGGGAGGGGACACAGUGACACUGGCGAGUAGCUUUGGCAAUUCGUGGCGCAUCCCAGAUGCUGCAUCGAGUUCCUGCACAGAUGCUGCAGAGGAGGUGCACCGCUGUGAUCCGGGGGGAGGCCGUGCCGCUCAGCAGGAGACGGAGUCCGUGUGCCAGAGACUGAUGGGCAGCCCUUUCAGCCAAUGCCACUCAGAGGUGGACCCCAGCGGAUUCUACGACACCUGUAUGUACCUGCAGUGCAGUGGAGCCGGGAUGGAUGCCUUCUGCCAGACCUUUGCCAGCUACGCCCGCGAGUGUGCCCAGCAGCACAUUUUUCUCAGCUGGAGGCGCCCUGCAUUCUGUGAGAAGUCCUGUGGCCCAGGGAAAGUGUACUCCGACUGUGUCUCCUCGUGCCCCGCCAGCUGUGCAGCCGUGGGCCCUGCUGAGGAAGGAGGCUGCCAGGAGGAGUGUGUGAGUGGCUGUGAGUGCCCGCCGGGCCUCUACCUGGAGGAGGGGGCCUGUGUCCCAGAAAGCCAGUGUCCCUGCUUCCACCGGCGCCAGAAGUAUGCCCCAGGAGAGGCCUUGCAGCAGCGUUGCAACCAGUGCACGUGCCAAGGGGGCCACUGGCUUUGUUCGCAGGACCAGUGUGCCGGAGAAUGCGCCAUGAUCGGGGACUCUCACUACCUGACAUUCGACCGCAAGCGCUACUCCUUCCACGGUGCCUGCCAUUACUUCCUGGUGCAGGAUUUUGUGGAUGGGAAGCUUCAGGUUUCAGCAGAGAACGAGGCCUGUGGGAGCCAGGGAGCCGGGAGCUGCCUCCGGGCUGUGACUGUCACAGUGCACAAGGUCUCUGCUCGGCUAUCCCUCACAGGGGAGGUGUUGGUGAAUGGCCAGGAGGUGGCCCUCCCCUAUGCCAGCGCCGAUCUGACCAUCCAUCGGGCCUCCUCAUCCUUCCUGCUUCUCCAGACCUUUGGUGCCCACCUUCUGUGGGGCACGGACUUCCCUGUGGUUUACAUCACCCUCCAGCCCCAGUUUGCCAACAAGGUGCGAGGGCUGUGUGGCACCUACAGCUGGAACCAGCAGGACGAAUUCUCCACCCCCGAGGGAGACGUGGAGUCCAGCGUGGUGGCCUUUGCCAACAAGUUCCGGGUCUCCCAGGACUGCCCCUCCCUGCAGACUUUCACCUUUGACCCCUGCAGUACUUACACCCAACGCAGGCAGUUUGCAGAGGCUGCCUGCAAAAUCCUCCACAGCCCCUCCUUCCAGCCCUGCCAUGACCUUGUGGAGCGAGACCCCUUCUUCCAGCUCUGUCUCCACGAAGUGUGCGGCUGCUUGGCCGACCAGGACUGCCUCUGCCGCGCCGUGGCUGCUUAUGCCAGGGAGUGCGCCCAGGAGGGAGUCUCCGUCUCCUGGAGGAACCAGACCUUCUGCCCGGUGCAGUGCUCAGGGGGCCAGGUCUACCAAGAGUGUGCUUCUCCCUGUGGACUGACGUGUGCCGACCUGCGCAUGGAGGCUCUUGGCGCUUGCCAGGCUCUGGAUGGGCUCUGUGUGGCUGGAUGCAACUGCCCAGCAGGUCUGGUCCUGGACGAUGACGGUCAGUGCAUCCGGCCGGAGAUGUGCCCCUGCCUGGAUGGGGAGGAGGCGCUUCCACCUGGCAGCCAGACCCGGAAAAGCUGCAACACCUGCAUCUGUGUGAACGGGGCUUGGAACUGCACCAAGGAGAGCUGCCUUCAGGCUGUGGUCUGUCCUGGGGAGCUGGUCUUCGCCUACGGCUCCUGCUUGCGCACUUGCGAGAGCCCUGAGGGCAACCUCAGCUGCCCCGGCCUCUCUGACGGCUGCGUCUGCCCCCCCGGCACCGUCCUCUUGAACCAGCACUGCGUCUCCCCGGAGGAGUGCCCCUGUCACCACAAUGGCCGGCUGUACCACCCCAACGACACCAUCACCAAGGACUGCAACACCUGCACUUGCCGCAUUCGGCGCUGGGAGUGCAGCCGCCGCCACUGUCCCGGGACGUGUGUCGCCACGGGGGAUCCCCACUACAUCACCUUUGACGGCCGGGCCUACAGCUUCCUGGGAGACUGCGAGUACAUCCUGGCACGGGAGAGCAGCGGGGCCUUCAGCAUCACUGCCGAGAACGUGCCCUGCGGCACCAGCGGCACCACCUGCACCAAAUCUGUCAUGGUGCUCAUCGGCAACACGGUGAUCCACCUCCUCCGAGGAAAAGGCAUAACAGUGAAUGGGGUCUCAGUGCGGCCCCCCAAGACUUACACUGGGAACGGCCUGACCUUCGAGAGAGCCGGCCUCUUCAUCACUCUCAUCUCCCGGGUGGGGCUGAUGGUGCUCUGGGACGGAGGCACGCGGGUCUACAUCAGGCUGGACCCCAAGUACCAGGGCCGCGUGGCUGGCCUGUGUGGGAACUUUGAUGGGGACACAGAGAAUGACUUCACCAGCAGGCAGGGCAUCGUGGAGCCCACCGCUGAUCUCUUUGGCAACUCCUGGCGGGUCAGCCUGCUGUGCCCAGAAGUCAACAGCGAGGACUUUGAGCACCCGUGCACGGUGAACUCCCACCGGCUGACCUGGGCUCGGAAGCGCUGUGGGAUUCUGCUGCAGGACCUCUUUGCCCCCUGCCGGGAGGAGCUCCCGUGCCAGCAGUUCUAUGAGUGGUGUGUCUUUGAUGCCUGCGGGUGUGACUCUGGGGGGGACUGUGAGUGCCUGUGCACAGCCAUUGCCACGUACGCUGAGGAGUGCAGCAAGCGGGGUGUGUCUGUGCGCUGGAGGAGCCAGGAACUGUGCCCCAUGCAGUGUGACCAUGGGCUGGAGUAUGAUCCUUGUGGCCCCGCCUGCCCCCCCUCCUGCGAGAACUUUGGCCUGGAGCCCCCGGAACACUGCCAGUCCAUCGCCUGCACGGAGGGAUGCUUCUGCCCAGAGGGGAAGGUGUUGCAUGACGGCCGAUGCAUCGACCCCUCCGAGUGCCCCUGUUACUGGGAGGGCGCCAUGUUCCCACUGGGUGCUCUGGUGAUGCAGGAGUGCAGGAACUGCUCCUGUGAGGCAGGCCUGUGGCAGUGCACGGAAUCCCUGGAGCAUUGUGCCGCCCCACCCCACUGUGCUGAGACGGAGUUUGCCUGCCGCACGGGGGAGCGCUGCGUGCCCAGCGCGUGGGUCUGCGACAACGAGGAUGACUGCAGGGAUGGCUCGGAUGAGUUCUGCACCUUGAGCUGCGCCCCACAUCAGUACCAGUGUGCCAGUGGGCAGUGUGUGCCAUGGGGCUACCGCUGCGAUGGCACUGCCGACUGCAUGGACCACUCUGACGAGAGGGACUGCCCCGUGGCCACCUGUGCCCUGCGCGAAUUCCGCUGCUCCAGUGGCCGCUGCAUCCCCCGGGAUCACGUCUGCGAUGGAGAGCUGGACUGCGGCUUUGGGGACCACUCGGAUGAGGCAGGCUGUGGACCGGCCUGUCAGCCUGGUGAGUUCCGGUGCGCAGUUGGGCACUGCUUGCCAUAUCUGCACCGCUGUGAUGGGCAUGACGACUGCGGAGACUUCAGUGACGAGCAGGACUGCAGGUGCCCCACUGGGGAUUUCCAGUGCCCAGACGGUCAGUGUCUCCCCCAAGUUCUGGUCUGUGACAAGAAACAGGACUGCCCCACUGGAGCGGAUGAGGCCUUCUGCCCAGGCCAGGUGACCUGUGCCCCUGGGCAGCUUCCUUGUCCAGAUGGCAUCUGCCUUGGGCGUGCACAGAUGUGCGAUGGGGUGUGGGACUGCUCGGAUGGCGCCGAUGAGAACCCAUCUCAGUGCUGGCUGGCCCAGACCACACCUCUGGUGGCCACAGUUCCCUCAAGUCUCCCUGUGACUCCCCAGCCACCUGUUGACAGGACCCUGGUGCCACCCUGUGGCCAAUAUGAAUUCCACUGCCACAGCGGGGAGUGCCAGCCACGGGGCUGGAUGUGCGACGACGAAGCCGACUGCCUGGAUGGCAGCGAUGAACUGAACUGCAGCCGCCUGUGUGGGCUGGACCAGUUCCCCUGCCAGCUGGGCAACGAAUGCAUCCACUACAGCCGCCUAUGCGACGGAGUGCCCCAUUGCCACGACCAGUCGGACGAAAGCAUCGACACCUGUGGCUCCACCCAGAUCCCGCCCUGCCCGGGGUUCUUCAUCUGCAGCAACCGCAUGUGCAUCAACGUCUCCAGGGUGUGCGACGGCUCCCCUGACUGCCCCCAGGGAGAUGAUGAGCUGGCCUGUGAAAGCCGUGGGGCUCCGCCAGGCGAGAGGAACCAGACGGAGGGACCCUGCCCAGAGUACUCUUGUGGGGACGGCGGCUGCAUUGCUUUUAAGCAGGUGUGCAAUGGUCUGGCCGACUGCGCUGACGGCAGCGAGGCCUCCGGCUGGCUUCCCUCCGACGAGUGGGACUGUGGCCUGUGGAGCCCCUGGGGCCCCUGGAGCUCCUGCAGCCGCUCCUGUGGAACCGGCCUCCAGGUCCGGCAGAGGGCCUGCACCAGGCGGGCAGACGACGUCCUCCGGCACUGCCUGGGCGAGGAGACCCAGGCGCAGCAGUGCUUCGUGGUGGCCUGCCCAGUGGAUGCCACAUGGACCGAGUGGACGGCAUGGUCCAACUGCACUCGGGACUGCCGUGGGGUGCUGGUGCGAAGCCGGGAUUGCCUUCCACCCCAGAAUGGGGGCCGCCACUGCACAGAGAUGCCGGAGGCUUCGUCCAGCGCCAUUGAAAUCCAGCCCUGCCAACUGGAAGGGUGCCACAAUGCUUCCACCUGCCCCGGGGAGCUGGUGAGCCGGAAGUGCGCCCCCUGCCCCACCUCCUGUGCGGAGCUGUCCAGCCGCGCCAGGUGCAAGAAGGACAGGCCUUGCAGCCCAGGCUGCUGGUGCCCCGAGGGGCUGCUUUUGAACAGCGAGCAGCGCUGUGUGCGCCCGCGGGAAUGCCCUUGCCAGGUGGAGGGCACCCGCUACUGGCCUGGCCAGCUGGUGAAGGUCAGCUGCCGGAUCUGCACGUGCCAGGAUGGGCAGAUGAAGCGCUGCCGUCAAAACCCGGAGUGCACAGUGAACUGUGGCUGGUCGUCCUGGUCCCCCUGGGGGGAGUGCCUGGGCCCCUGCGGAGUGCACAGCAUCCAGUGGUCCUUCCGCAGCCCCAACAACCCCAGCAAGCACGGGAACGGCCGCCAGUGCCGGGGCAUCUACCGCAAGGCCCGGAGGUGUGAGACGGAGCCGUGCGAGGAGUGUGAGCACCACGGCCGGACCCAUGCCAUCAGCGACCGCUGGCGCUCCGGGCAGUGCCAAGUGUGCCAGUGCCUGCCCAACCUGACCGUGCAGUGCUCCCCGUAUUGCCCCUACAGCACCGUGCCCUGCCCUGAGGGCCGAGUUCUCGUGGAGGGCCGAGGGGACGCUUGCUGCUACUGCACGGAAGCCGGUGAGAACCGAACAGCGACACCCACCGAGGCAGCCGCUGCACCCCUGGGGCCCAGUGGGACCAGCCCAGCUGUCGUCUCCACCCCUGUGCCGCUCAGCACCUUCCCUCUGCCCCCGCUUGGCGACCUCUGCUACGGCCCCCUGGGCAUCGCCUCCUUGCCAGACGCCAGCUUCAGUGCCUCCUCCCAGCAGCCGGAGAACCCAGCCCACUCUGCUCGCCUCAACCGGGCCCUGCCCCACUCGGACUUGCAGGGCUGGGGCCCCCCAGCAGACGUGUAUCCUGAGCUGCUCUCCAGACCCCCCUUCUUGCACGUGGAUCUGGGGGAGCCCAGAAACAUUACAGGGGUGGUGGUGCAAGGGGCCGGAUCUUCCGAUGCCUACGUGACCAGCUUCUUCCUGCAGUUCAGUCCAGAUGGCGUGAGAUGGCACGACUACUCUGAGAUGUCCCCUCUGUUCCAGGGGAACUUUGAUGACUCGACCCCUGCGGUGCGGACCUUCCAGCACAUGGUGCACGCCCAGCAUGUCCGCCUCCUGCCUCACGACUUCCACAACGGGAUCUUCUUGCGCAUGGAGCUGCUGGGCUGUGGGAAAGUGUCUCCAGAGCUCCCCGUCACCCCAUCUCACGUGCCGGGAGGGAGGCCUUGCCGAACAGGAGAGUUCCAGUGCCAGAACGGACACUGUGUCCCCGCAGGGCCUAACGGCACCAUCUGCAAUGGAGUCAACGACUGCGGGGACUUCUCUGAUGAAUUCCGCUGUGGAGCUGCCCCAUCGCUGGAGCCUGCCACUCCCCAGGUCUGCCUGCCCUCCCAGUUCCACUGUGCCUUGGCCAACACCUGCAUUGAGGCCACCCAGAGGUGUGAUGGGGCUCCCCACUGCCCGGAUGCCGCGGAUGAGAUCGGCUGCAUCGCUACAGCCAGAGUUCCCCCAGGGAGCACCAUCAGCCCUUGGACCCUCGAGAGGCAGCCAUGGAAGCCGUCUGUGCCCUACGCAACGCAGGUGUCGCCUGGUGGAUGGCCAUCUCCUGAAGGCUUCAGCCCCACCCCGCCAGGUCUCUGCAGCCAGCCCCUUGGUCUGGGAGACGGGCGCAUCCUCAGCCAGCAGCUGAGCUCCUCUUCCUACCGGGAUGGAAACCCUCCAGAUGCCGCUCGCCUCAACCCUAAGCCCAAUGGGCAGGACUCAAACGCCGGCUGGAGCCCCCACGAGGCCGACCCCAGCCCCUACUUCCAGGUGGACUUCCAGCGGCUCACCUUCAUCACAGCCGUGGUCACCCAGGACGGGGACUUCCUCACACACUACCAGCUGGCCUACAGCAGGGACGGUGUUGACUUCCAGAACUACACAGGGGCGAGGCUGCACAAGGCGUCCUCCCUGCAAGCUGAGGCACAGGUUCUGCUCGGCAGCUCUGACAGGUCCACUCUGGUGCGCCAGGAGCUGAGUCCGCCCAUCUUGGCCCGCCUGCUGCGCCUGGUGCCCACCGCCUCUCAGGGCAGCAUCUCCCUGCGGAUGGAGGCCCUCGGCUGCCCCUGGAAAACGGAGCCUGUGGGUGAUGUGACGACCCCCUCCAGCAGAGUCCGAGUCCCUGGAACAGCCGGCACGGAGCCACCCCACAGGGGGCCAUUCUCUUUCCCCUGGAGGCUCACGGGGGCACCAGGCCUGACUCAAGAGUUCCAACACUUUGGAGUAGCAACCAUGAAGCCUGGAGAGACGUCGGCCCCUGGGACAGCCAGACCUGGGGUCAAGGUCUCCGAGCAGCCCCGAGAACCCACCAUGCCUGCGUUCUUUCCCAUGGGGACUCCCAGCCUCUUCUGGCCCCCUUCUCCAGGACUGGAGCAGCGGCUGGCACCCCCUGGGCCAAGCGUCACAUCCAGAAGCCCCAGCGACACGGGGCUGCCUGGGCUCCACACCCUCCCAUACCAGUCGAGUCUACCAGAGCUGGGACCCCCAUUCACAGGGCCAACUCACACUCGAGGCCCCGACAUGCCGCGGAUCCUUUGCACUCAGGGGCAGUUUGCCUGCGAGCUGUUUGGCUGCGUGGAGGCCUCCUUCGUCUGUGACGGCCAAGAGGACUGCCUGGAUGGGUCUGAUGAGAUGCACUGUGGCGGCCCAACAGUUGCACCGAUGGCUACAGCGGCCCCCCCGCCUCCGCUGGGCCCUCCCAGCACCUGCUCCGCCAAGCAGUUCUCCUGCGGCAGUGGGGAAUGCCUGGCCCUCGAGAGGCACUGUGACCUGCGCCAGGAUUGCCAGGAUGGCUCCGAUGAGGCCAGCUGUGUGGACUGCAUUUUGUCUGCCUGGACCUCUUGGAGUGAAUGCAGCCGAUCCUGUGGGCUGGGAGUGACUUUCCGCCGUCGGGAUGUGCUCCGCCAGGCCCUUACUGGGGGCCAGUGCAACCGAGACGAGUUUGACAGCCGCUCCUGCUUCCACGGGGCCUGCCCAGUGAACGGGGCCUGGGCCCCCUGGGGCGAGUGGUCGGACUGUGAUGCUGAAUGUCGAGGGGGCGUUCGAAGCCGCACCAGGACUUGCGCAGACCCCCCACCCAAGAAUGGGGGGCAGCCGUGUCCGGGGGAUGCCGUGCAGAUGGAGACAUGCAACCUGCAGCCCUGUGGAGACGCCCGGGACUGCGGCCGGGACAUGGUCUACGUGCAAGCCGGGCACUGCCAACGAGGCCUGGUGGCUCCAUGUCCCCAGUCGUGCCAGCAGCUGAGUGCCGAGUCAAACUGUCACAGCAGCUGCGUUGAAGGCUGCCGAUGCCCUCCUGGGCUCUUCCUGCAGGACGGAGGCUGUGUGAACAUCAGCCAGUGCCACUGCUUCUUUGACCAUGAGCGGCGUCUCCCGGGGGAGAUGUUCCUGAGACACAACUGCAGCCAGUGUGUCUGUUUGGAUGGCACAGUGACCUGUGACUCAGUGGCCUGCCCCGUGAACUGCGGCUGGUCAGCGUGGUCUCCGUGGACGCCCUGCAGCCGGAGCUGUGGGGUUGGGAUGCAGCAGAGAUUCAGGUCCCCCUCCAACCCAGCGGCUGCCAAUGGUGGUGCUCCGUGCCAAGGAGAUGCCCAGGAAGUGCGCGAGUGCCACACAGCCUGCGUCUCAGAAAUCCUCAGCCCCUGGCGUGACUGGACCCCCUGGUCCCCCUGCUCCAAGACCUGCUUCUAUGCCACGGAUGGGGUGGGAGUGAGGAAGCGAUUCCGGCACUGCGGUGGCCCUGCGGCGGAGUCUGUGGGCUGCGAUGGCGAGACGGCGCAGGAGGAGCCCUGCGACACGCCCCCCUGCCCAGUGGAAGGCAUCUGGACCCCCUGGACAGCCUGGUCCGAAUGCUCCGCUCGUUGCGAUUCGGGGGCUCAGACGCGCAACCGCUCCUGCUCCAACCCAGCCUAUGGGGGCCCUGAGUGCUCCGGGCCUCUCCUCCAGACUCGCGACUGCAACACACAACCCUGCAAAGCACGGUGCCCGGGGAACAUGGUCUAUCAGACGGCCAAGGAGUGCCAGCAGAAAGGAGGUGCCUGCCCGCGCCUCUGCCUGGACCAGGGCACCAGGGUGGAGUGUGCCUCCCAGUGCAGCGAGGGCUGCUCCUGCCGCGAGGGCCUCUUCCUCCUGAAUGACACCUGCCUGCCCCUCAGCGAGUGCCCGUGCUACCACCAGGGGGAGCUCUACCAGCCAGGGGACACCGUCUGGCUGGACUCCUGCAACAACUGCACAUGCCUAGAUGGGGAGAUGGUGUGUGGCGUGGAGCCUUGUCCAGUGGACUGUGGCUGGACGCGCUGGGCCCCCUGGAGUGCCUGCAGCCGCUCCUGCAACGUGGGGACCCGCCGCCGCUUCCGCUCUGGCUCUGAGCCGGCAGCCUCUGCCGGAGGACAGCCCUGCCAGGGGCCCAACGUGGAGAUUGAAUUCUGCAGCCUGCAAGCCUGCCCUGGCUCUGGCAUGGAGUGGGGUCCCUGGUCACAGUGUUCUGUGCCUUGUGGAGGUGGCUACCAGAACCGCACGCGGGCCAGCACCGUCUUGCGCAGGAUCGACUUUGCUACCUGCAACCUUCACCCCUGCACAGGUGAUGUCCCAGGCCAUUGCCCAGAUGGCAGGGUGUGGCAGGAGUGCGCUGAGGGACCAGCCUCCUGCGCAGAGCUCAGCACGGAACCCAUGGCCAACAGGACCUGCCAGCCCGGCUGCUUCUGCCCCAGGGGGACCGUCCUGCUUGACAGCCUCUGUGUGCCCAAGGAGGAGUGCCCGUGUGCCCAGGAAGGGGUGCUGUAUGCCCCGGGAGAGCAGGUCCCCAAGGGCUGUGAGAACUGCUCCUGCAUUGCUGGCCAGGUGGGCAACUGCUCCCGGGAGGCCUGCGGGGACGUGAAUGGCCAGUGGUCUGAAUGGACCCCCUGGAGUGAAUGUUCGGCUGCCUGUGGACUGGGGCUCCAGAACCACUACCGCUUCUGCGUGAACCCCCCUCCAUCUGGGAUGGGAGUGCCCUGCCUCGGGCCGGAGCGCGAAGACAAGCCCUGCCAAGUCCAGCCGUGUGCCAGGAGUGGGGCCUGGGGGGAGUGGAGCCCUUGGACCGGCUGCACCGUCAGCUGCGGGGGAGGCCUGCAGAGCCGGAGGAGAGCCUGCGACAGCCCUGCCCCACAGAAUGGCGGGGACUACUGCGAGGGGCCCCCCACCCAACUGGAGGCCUGCCGCUUGGAGCCCUGCCCUGGGCUGGACUGCUCCGCUGUGGAGGGCUCCGUGUACAGCAGCUGCGGCCCCUCUUGCCCCCGCACCUGUGACGACAUCUCGCACUGCCUCUGGACCUGCGAGCCCGGCUGCUACUGUACCCAUGGGAAAGUACUGGACAGGAACGGCACCGCCUGCGUGGAGAAGCACAGCUGCCCCUGCCUGGACCUUCUCACCGGCCACCGGUACCUGCCCAGGCAGACCAUCCCUCGCACCGACGGCUGCAACACCUGCACCUGCUCCCAAGGGAAGCUCACCUGCACUAACCUGUCCUGCGCAGCUCCCGGAAGUUGGUGCGACUGGUCUCCCUGGAGCCCCUGCUCGAGGACCUGCGGCGGUGAGGUGGUGACUCGCUACCGUACCUGCGGUUGCCCCAAGCCCCAGAAUGGGGGCCCUGAGUGCGAGGGGACACAAGAGUAUCAUGGCGACAGCGGUGUGCAGCUGGAGAGGAAGGAGUGCCCCACAGCCAUGUUCUGUCCAGUGGACGGAGGCUGGAGUUCGUGGAGCCCCUGGACAGCCUGUGACGCCUGCCUGGGGGAGUCUGCACGGAGCAGGGAAUGCACCAACCCUCCCGCCCGCUUCGGGGGCCUGCCCUGCCCAGAGGAGGCCCGGCAGAGCCGUCCGUGCCACGAUGGCAUCGCUGUGUGCACAGACUGUGGCAAAGGCCAGGUGACCUUCCCAUGUGGCAAGCCCUGCCCGCGCACCUGUGAGGACCUGCACCCGGACACCGCUUGCCUGGAGAGCCUGCAGUGCCAGCCGGCGUGUGCCUGCCCAGAGGGGCAGCUGCUCCAGGAUGGGGCGUGCAUCUCGCCCACCCAGUGCCGCUGCAAAUACCGGGCCAGCUGGCUAGGUGCUCCCGAGAGCCGCAAUCUGUCUUCCUGGUCGGGCUUGGCUCCCUGGGAGUUCGCUGAGCCAGGAGAGGACAUCUACGGGCCUUGCCAGAACUGCACUUGCGUGGCUGGACACCUGCGGUGCCGCGUGGACCCCUCCUGUCACCUGCACGGAGGCUGGAGCACCUGGGGGCCAUGGUCCCCCUGCACGCAGAGCUGUGGGGAGGGAGUCCAGUUCCGCUUCCGCCAGUGCGACAACCCAGCCCCCCAGAAUGGAGGCCGUGGGUGCGUGGGCAGCGGGGAGCAGCAAGGAGCCUGCCCAAACCAGCAGAAUUGCCCAGAGGAGGAGGCCUGGGGGGAGUGGUCUCCGUGGGCCCCCUGCACUGUCUCCUGCGGUGGGGGAGAGCAAGUGCGCAGCCGCCAGUGUCGCCAGCCGGAGUGCCACGGCUUGACCACGCAGAGCAAGACGUGCAACACGCAAGUGUGCCUGGAGGUGGGCUGCCCAGUGGGACGUUUGUACCGGGAGUGCCUGAAGGAAGAGGGGUGCCCCUACAGCUGUGCCCACCUCACCCGCCAGAUGGACUGCUUCUCAGAUGGCUGCGAGGAGGGGUGUCACUGCCCUGUGGGCACCUACCACCACCGAGGGGCUUGUGUCCAGGAGUGUCCCUGCAUCGUGACCGAGGAGGCCCUGAAGAUGCUCUGGAACCACUCCUUUGACCCCAGCACUCUGGCUGCAGCCUGGAAGAGCUGGCUGCCUUCCCUUGGGGAGGAAGUGCCGCCAAACACCACCAUCCAUUCCGCCUGCAGCAACUGCUCCUGUCGCAAUGGACAGCUGGCCUGCGUUUUCUCCCUCUGCCCCGUGGAUGGAGGCUUCGCCCCCUGGAGCCUGUGGACCCCCUGCUCCUUGACCUGUGGGGGGCUGGGGAACAUGACCAGGUCACGCGACUGCAACAAUCCCUCGCCUGCCAAUGGGGGGAAGGAAUGCGUGGGCCCCCGCGUUGACAUCAGGUACUGCCAAGCACCAGAUUGCCAAGCUCUGGCUGGUCCCACAAAAGAGCCCGUCUCUGGCACUCCGGGCGCUGAGGAGGUCAGCUUCACCCCCUGGUCCCCCUGGACUCCCUGCUCUAAGACUUGCAGCGAUCCAGACCUCCCGGCCCUUAAGACCCGCAUGCGCUUUUGCCACGGAGGGGCCAACUGCACAGGAGAUGCAUUUCAGGAGCGAGAAUGCAACCUGCCCCAGUGCACAGACACGCCGCUGUGCCAGGGAGAGGAGUGCUUGGAUGUGAACUGCACCUGGAACCCCUGGUCCCCAUGGAGCGAAUGUUCCCGGACCUGCGGGGCUGGCCAGCAGCGGCGCCUGCGCACCUACAACCCACCCGGGCAAGGCGGGCAUUGGUGCCAGGACAUCCUGGUGGCCAACACUGAACGGCAUUUCUGCAACCUGCAGGCCUGCAAAGUGGACGGGGCCUGGGCCAAGUGGAGCCCCUGGUCCUGGUGUGACCGCAGCUGCGGCGGGGGACGCUCAGCACGCACAAGGACCUGCACCAGCCCCCCGCCCAAGAACGGAGGGCGGCCCUGCCCUGGCGAGAAGUUCCACGUGCGGGUCUGCAACCCUCAGCCCUGCGAAGAGGCCUGCCCGCUGGGGAUGCAGCUGACCGACUGUGCCAAUGAGUGUCCACGCCACUGCUGGGACCUCCAGGAAGGCAUUGUGUGCCAGGACGGGGAGGACUGCGAACCUGGCUGCCGAUGCCCAGACGGGACCCUGGAGCAGGACGGGGCCUGCGUCUCUCCAGACCACUGCGAGUGCACUGAUGCCCAGGGGCACAGCUGGGCACCGGGCAGCAUCCAUGACGACGGCUGCAACAACUGCUCCUGCACCGAAGGGCACCUCCUCUGCACCAACGACACCUGCCUCCCGGGCGGCUGUGGCUGGAGCCUCUGGUCCAGCUGGUCCCCUUGCAGCACCACCUGCGGGAGCAGCCGACACACCCGCUUCCGGACCGCCACGUCUGGUUCGUGGGACUCUGAGUGCCUGAAAGAGCAGCUGCAGACCCGCCACUGUGCCCCCGGCCCCUGCCCUCCGCUGUGCUUGCGUGAGGGCCAAGAGAUGCAGCUGGGGGGCACGUGGCUUCUGGGAGAGUGCCAGCAAUGCAUCUGCACCCCGGAGGGCAUCUACUGCAUGGACAUUGUGUGUGCAGUUCACGGAGCCUGGACCCCCUGGUCACCCUGGUCUGACUGCCCCGUCACCUGUGGCCACGGCACCCAGAUCCGCACCCGGGCAUGCAUCAACCCCCCGCCACGCAACAACGGCUCCUCCUGCCCUGGCUUGGACACACAGAUCCAGAACUGCACCGCCCUGCCUUGCCCAGGGGAUGCUCUCUGCCAGUGGUCCCCCUGGAGCCAGUGUUCGAGGUCCUGCGGCACAGGCUUGGCCGCCCGUACAGGGGUGUGUGCUUGCCCGCCCUCCGAGGCAGCUGGGGCUCCUUGCAGCCACGAGACCCGCCAGGACAUGCAGGCCUGCUACCUCCAGGCCUGCGAAGAGUGUCCCUGGAGCGCCUGGACGAGGUGGACGGAGUGUUCCUGCAGCUUCCUGGUGCAGCAGAGAUACCGGAACCAGCAGGGGUUUGGGCCGGACGGGGAGCCCUGUGUGGGCUUGGAUGGGCAGUUCCGCAUGUGUGACUAUUCCCAGUGCUCAGAGUCCAGCUGCGAGGCCCCCUUUGAGUUCCAGGCGUGCGGCUCCCCCUGCGACAGCCACUGCUCCACCCUCCAGCACCCGGAGCUCUGCCAGGACAUCCCCCAGUGCCUGCCUGGCUGCUACUGCCCACAGGGCCUGGUGGAACAGAACGGGGCCUGCGUCCCGCCCUCAGAGUGUGGCUGCCUUCACUUCAACCACUCAGAAGGUCCCGUGUACCUGGCGGCAGGAGACACAGUUUGGAUUGGAUGCAAGGAAUGCCUGUGCCAGCGAGGGAUGCUCCAGUGCAGCAGCGAAGGCUGCCAAGGACUCCUCCCGCUCAGCGCCUGGUCGGAGUGGACGCCCUGCUCGGCCUGCCUGCCCUGGACGGCCCUGAGCCCCAGCGCUGCCGCCGCCCUCCUGCCUGGGCCCGGCUCCUCCUCGGCCCCGGAGCUGCUGGUGUCGGUGCAGCAUCGCUACCGGCUGUGCCUGGACCCCCAGACGGGCGGGGCGUGGGCCGGCCCGGCUGCCCUGUGCUCGGCCGAGGUGGCGCAGGAGCGCCUCUGCCCCGACGACCCGCACGCCUGCCGAGAGUUGUGCGUGUGGGGCGCGUGGGGCCCCUGGAGCCCGUGCCGCCAGCCCUGCAGCGGGGGCUUCCGCCUGCGAGCGCGCUCCGCCCGACGGCCGCCCUGCCCGGGACCUCGAGCCCAGUCCCAGAGCUGCAACGCCGCGACCUGUCCGGGAGAAGCGUGUGAGGAUCGGGGCAAGGUGCACAACCCAGUGUGUGCCAACGGCUGCCCCCGUGGCUGCACGGACCUCUGGGACCACGUGGAGUGUCUGCAGGGAGAAUGCAAGCCAGGCUGCCAGUGCCCUGAAGAGAAGCUCCUGCAGGACGGGGCAUGCGUGCCAGUCUCCGCGUGCCGCUGUGGCCUCCCCACAGCCAAUGGCACCUUGGAGUACCUGCCUGGGCAGGCUGCUGAGCUGGAGUGUCACAACUGCACCUGUGUGAACGGCACCUUCGAGUGUCCGGAGGAAGAGUGUCCGUCCUACGGAGAGUGGUCCCCUUGGAGCUCCUGCUCAUCCAGCUGCGGAGGGGGGAAUGCCCUGCGACACCGCCCCUGCCACGAGACCCCCAGCGGAGCCCCCUGCGCUGCUGAGGCCAUGGAGGAAGUGGCCCAGUGCAACCCACAGCCCUGCCCAGGGGCCUGCCUGCUGAGCGAGUGGUCCGAGUGGAGCCCCUGCAGCGCCAGCUGUGGGGGAGGCACUUCUGAGAGGAGCCGCAGCCGAGUGCCCCCCCUGGAGGAGCCAUGUCCCUUCCCGCUGCUGCAACACCAAGCCUGCAACACACACAACUGCACCCCAGGAUGCCCAGGGGCUCAAGUCUUCAGCAGCUGCGCCAACGCCUGCCCCCAAACCUGCUCAGACUUGCGCCCAGGAACCCAGUGCCUGCAGGAGGAGUGCCAGGCUGGCUGCGCCUGCCCCUCUGGCCAGGUGAUGCAGGAUGGGGCGUGUGUCCCUGCGGAGGAGUGCCGCUGCUCGCUCAGCCUGGCCUCGCCCUUCCCCUGGACGGCCAACCUGUCGCGAGAGGAGCAGGCCCAGGAGUACCCGCCUGGCGCUGCCAUUCAGCAUGAGUGCAACAGCUGCGUCUGCCAGAACGGCACCUUCAGCUGCAGCCAGGAGCCCUGUGAGGUGCCAUGCCUUUGGUCCGAAUGGUCCUCCUGGGCACCGUGCUCUGUGACUUGUGGCACCGGGGAGCAGGUCUCCCGGCGGCAUCAGCUCCAGCAGCGCCUCUUCAGAGGAGCCGAAUGCGAAGGGCCUGCCGUGCGCCAGAAGCCCUGCUCCCUCUCGGACUGCGCCUGCCCAGAUGGAGAACUCUGGCUCCAGCCCAGUUUGGCCGGCCAGUGCGAGCGGAGCUGCGCCCAGAUCUACGAGGAGCCCCCCCAGAACUGCAGCAGGGUAGCCAAGGGGGGCUGUGUGUGCCAGCCUGGGCACUACCGGAAUGGCAGCGGGCACUGCGUGGUGGCCGCCCACUGUGAGUGUGAGCACGGAGGCCAGGUGUACUUGGCUGGUGCAGAGUGGCACGUGGGCUGUGAAACCUGCCACUGCUUGAACGGGAAGGCCACGUGUGGGGCAGGCUGCCCCCCACUCACCUGUCAUGAGGGAGAAGUGAAAGUGCAGGAUCCCACCAGCUGCUGCCCCAUCUGCAGGAAGGAGGUGCUGGAGGAGCCCCUGUCCUUUUGCCAGCACUACACGGAGCUGCGCAACAUCACCAAAGGGCCCUGCUUCCUGGCCGGGGUGGAGGUCAGCUUCUGCAGCGGGCGCUGCCCCUCCCACACCAACGUCAUCCCGGAGGAGCCCUACCUGCAGACCGUGUGCGACUGCUGCAGCUACCGCCUGGACCCCGUCAGCCCGGUGCGCAUCCUGAACCUGCAGUGCAAAGGGGGCGAGACGGAGCCGGUGGUCCUGCCCGUCAUCCGCAGCUGCGAGUGCAGCAGCUGCCAAGGUGGGGAUUUCUCCAAGCGCUGA